AUGGUGUACCAUCUGCGGCGGACGCUGAUCGCCGUGGUCUUCUUUGUGCUCAGCUAUGUUGCGCUGUCGGCGCUGCAUUCGCAUCUCGACCCGAAUACCUCGAAGUCGGAGGAAGAGCGGGAGGACAAUGUGUGGAUCGCGACGUCGAAGUACUGGGUAGACCGGCAGGCAUGUCGAUACCUAGGUCUCUGCGGACUGGCCCAUUACCGUCCUGAUCCGGCGAUGAAGCCAUGGAACAGGAAGUCUGUGGUGAGGCACACGAACGACCAGAUAUUCCUGGGUGGGGAUGAUAUUUAUGCUGAAUACUCCGAUUGGGAGGACAUAAUUGAUGAUGGCAAGAAUUCGCCGGACGAGUGGGAAGGGGAUCCAAGGGUGCUGAAGGACGUCCCGCAGUUCGUGCUUGACCACGCUCCGCUGAUACACCUCUAUUCCGGCGAGCAGUUCUGGCCGUCUGAUAUUAACGAACACCUUAUGUACACGACACCUUAUAUGAACCACACAACGAUGAACAUGACCAACGAGCGACACACCCUCUACAACCUAAAACGCCUCAACCAGAAAGUGAAGGGGAAAUACUCUUUCAUGGCUAGCAAAGAAGACGUUGAAGACCGUCCGGAAUGGCUGGGAAGUCCAUACAACAAGCCGGUCCCAUACGAUGAUGAUGACGGUGAAGUGGAAGAGAUUGGAGAAUACGAGUUCUCCGACGCCUCAGACCCGAAAGAUGAAGACGUCGAAUGGUGGGAUCCAUACCGAUACGCUGAGGAACACAAGAUCGCACUACCCCUCAAACCCCAAGAAGCCCCCGCAUCCGACCUCAAAAUCGAUCUUCGCAAAUCCAAGCGGACAACAGGACCCUCCUCCCGCAGAGCAAAGGCUAGCAAUUUAGGACCAACGAUGCCCAAACCAGGCGGCUACUCCCCCGCUCCAGCGACACUAGUAAUGGUCGACAAAGGCAACGGCAUCCUCGACGCCUUCUGGUUUUACUUCUACUCCUACAACCUGGGCACUACCGUCCUGAACAUCCGGUUCGGGAAUCACGUCGGCGAUUGGGAACACAGUCUCAUCCGGUUCAAGGACGGAGUUCCAAAAGCCGUGUUCUUCAGCGCUCACUCCGGCGGCCUCGCCUAUUCUUACAACGCCGUUGAGAAAGGAAAGGGGAAAGGGAGGGAUGGACGACCGGUGCUGUACAGCGCGUUGGGAAGUCACGCAAUGUAUGCCAGUCCAGGCUCUCACCCAUACGUUCUGCCGUUCGGGUUACUCGCGGACGUCACAGACAAAGGACCGCUCUGGGAUCCAGCGCUGAACUACAUGGCAUACCACUUCAACACAUCAAUUACCCACAACGCCGACGCGCACUCCAUCUCCGCAUCAGGCUCUCGCUCGCCAACACCAUGGUCUCCAACCUCCCCCUUUCCAUCCUCACCACACACCCUCUCCCCGUCGGAACUCGGGUCUAGCUUUCAACCAGCAAGCUGCAACCCAAAGGCGCCGUUAAGCUGGUGGUGGUACAACGGCCACUGGGGCGACAAAUUCUACGACUUGGGUGAUCGGAGACAGUGGCGCUUUGCAGGGCAGUAUCACUACGUCAACGGACCUCUCGGUCCGCGAUACAAGAACCUUGGCAGGUCGCGGCUCUGCCAGUCGCGCGGCUCGUGCCGGAUCGUGGAGAGCUUGAACGAGGGGAAGAAGAAGAGUUGGCUGGGCAAGAAAUAA